CCUCCAAACCAUCACUGAGACGAGUGAUACCGCAGGAUCAGCAGAACCAGCGAUAACAGACAGAUGCUCAGAUCAGACCAAGAUGACAAUCACCCUCUACUAUCUGGACAAUUCGCGCGCUAUGCGCGUGCUUUGGGCGGCAAUCGAGCUUGGCCUGGCCGAUCAGCUCCAAGUGAAGAGCUACGCCCGCGUCGAAGGCAAGAAGGCCGUCCCCGAGAUGCAAAAGGAGUCGGGCUUCAAGCUGGGCAAGAGCCCCUUCCUCAUCGACGAUGAUGGGCAAGGUGGGCGCGUAGAGGUUUUCGAGAGCGUAGCGUGCAUCGAGUACCUUCACGACCGAUACGGCUCGCAGUCGAGCUUAUUGCCCGCGUCACCUGCCUGGUCCCAAAAAUCCCGCGUCCAGUCCUGGCUCGCAUUUUGCGAGACGCCAAUGACGCACGCCUUGCCCAUCAUUUACCUGCGAUGGCACAUGCCCGAGUCGCAGGCUUCCCUGCUGGCGGAGAUGGAGGACAAGCUGAGCGCGAAUGUGUGCAAAGAUCUCGACCUGUACGAGGACGCGAUCCUGGCAAGCGAGAAGGAGCAUGGAGCGGAGAAUGGUUACCUGGCGGGUGGACAGAUCUCUCUCGCUGAUCUGGCAAAUGCAUUUACGGCAGAGUACAUCAUCGUCAAGAAAGUGGGCACAGCCAAUCGCACAUGGCCUGCAGUCGAGCGCUGGCUCAAGCGUCUCGAGGCUCGCCCGGCGUACCGCAAGGCUUUGGAGAUGGGUGGGCUGCACGAUUUUUCGCUGCUCGACCUGGAGAGGCAGUCGCAUGCGUAGGCUCGAGCGUAGGAGUAGAAAUCAAUCCAUUCGCAUAGCAUGAGGGGUAUCGCAUACAAGUGCCUUCACUCGCGCAGCUACAGGUGCGCCGCAGCGCCCUUGACGGGGAGGGCUUCGUCGAGGAAAUCGAGGUAGAUCUUGGUGACUUUCUUGAAGUCUUCGCCCACGUAGAUGGAGAAAUGACCCAUGUCCU